UGGAUCCAACUCCUUUAGACCCUAAUCAACCUCAUGUCCUUCACGUUGUCGCUGAAACCUUAAACCCUUUCUCCUUCUCCCUUUCUCCUGCAACUCAGGAAAAAUGGCCUUCACCUCCAUUUUUCGCAAAUCGGUUUCUUCUUUUGCUCCAGUCGUGAGUCGACUUGUUCGGGGACAAAGAAGUUGCCAUACGGCCCUUUUCACGGCCAUAAACCACGCCAAUCUCUCUCGGAGCCCCUCUCUGAGCUUUUUGGUUCCUACCCUUAACUACUCUUCUACUACGAAGCGUCCGAGUGCUGAUGAAAGCCUCAUCCGGGUAAUUGAGUCAGAGAUCAAAUGUUUGGAGGAUACCGAUGAUUACGAUCGGGUCGAAGAGAUUCCAACCAGUUUUCCUUUCCAAAUUGAAGAUAAUCCAGGGUUUCAAACUCUAACACUGAAAAGAACGUAUCAAGGUGAAAGCAUAGAAGUUGAAGUUCACAUGCCUGAUCUAGUUACUGGUGAAGCUGCUGCUGAUGAUGAUGAUGGUGAAAAGGCCAAUCAAUCUAGCUUGCCACUCGCUGUCGUUGUCUCCAAGGAGGGUGGACCUAGUUUAGAGUUCAGUUGCGCUGCUUACCCAGAUGAAAUUGUGAUUGAUUGCUUGUCAGUUAAACAUCCAGAAAUUUCUGAGGAUGAGAUUGCCUAUAGGGGGCCUGACUUCCAUGAUUUGGAUGAGAACCUGCAAAAGGCUUUCCAUAAGUAUUUAGAGAUGAGAGGAAUCAAGCCCAGCACAAUUGAUUUCUUACACGAGUAUAUGAUCAACAAGAACAGUAGAGAAGAAUUGAUUUGGAUGAAGAAACUUAAGAAGUUCAUUGAAGCCUGAAUUUUUGCACAAUACUGCAACUUUGGUAGACGAGAAAUCAGGGACUACAUACAUUUUGAUUUGUUUUAUCUUCUGCUUUAGAGAUCUACAAGUUGGGUGAAAACCCUUGGUUCGAUUGAGGGAUUGCAGCAUCAAUGGCAGGCAUUUAUUGAGAAGUAGAUUAACCUGCUUUUGAUACGAAAAAGUACUGCUUGAUUUAAAAACUCACUGUACACGGGUGAGGCAUGAAAUUGAAUAACUCCUGAAGUGCCCCUGUUCUUUUUCAAUGGUCUCAGUAACACAACGUUUUGGGCGAGGAUGGUCAAAUUAGCUUGGUAGAGGUUGGUUUAAACCAAUAUUGGUGAUGUUGCUUUGUUGUUGUAGCGCGCCCAGAGCAUCUUUCUUUUUUGGUUGGAAUGCUUGCAGGCCCCACUUAUGAAUGCUUUUACGUUUAU